UACCUCAUCACUUUGACUUCGUCUUCUAAAAACGCCACAUCAACCACCUGCUUUAAUUAGUGUACUUACACAACGGGCACAACAUUUGCAGGACAAUAAUUUUUGUGAAACAAAUUUUUCAUUCGACAAUCAACAUGGCCUUAGUGCAAAGUACCUGUUUCAAAGUGGGAUCACUAAUCUCUCGUGUCAGCGUUAGAUGCAUGUCUACCCCUGUUCACAAACAAGUGAAGAAAGUGGAUGAAAAGGACAUUAAAAAAUCAGUAUUCAUUUCACAAUCCAAAGACAUAUAUACAAAUCUUGCACUUGAAGACUGGUUGUACAAGAACUUUGAUUUUACCAACCACCAUGUGUUGAUGCUAUGGCAAAACGAUCCCUGUGUCGUAAUAGGGCGUCAUCAGAACCCUUGGCUGGAGGCGAACAUUUCGCACUUGCCAAAUAUUACCGAAAAUGGCGUAAAAUUAGCGAGGAGAAACAGUGGUGGAGGUACUGUGUAUCAUGAUUUGGGAAAUUUAAAUAUGACAUUUUUCACUGCCAAGGAACACUAUAAUAGAAAGUACAACUUAGAAAUUGUCAAACGUUCCAUAUUUAGAGAAUAUGGUGUUAAAGUUGAUGUGUCUCCCAGAGAAGAUCUCACUCUUAGAGACUUUAAGCAGAUCUCUGGAACAGCUGCUAAACUUGGACGACCAAAUGCUUAUCAUCACUGCACACUUCUGGUCAACGCCAACAAAGUAGACUUGACCCAAGCUUUACACAAAGAAGAAGAUGUUGACAUCAAAACCAACGCAACUCAGUCAGUCAAGUCAAAAAUCAUGAAUUUGUGUGAGGAAAAUCCCAAAAUCAACGUGCAACAAUUAUCUACAGCUGUUGGAUGGGAAUUUAUGAGGACCACUGCCCUUUCCCUCAAAGAUGGAGGAAUGGAACUGGCUAAUCAACAAAAGGGUUUCCAAAUGGUUCAGCCUUCAGAGCAAUGGUUCCCAGGCAUAACUGAGAUUAGAAAUCAAUUUGAAAGUUGGGAUUGGUGUUAUGGAAAAAGCCCAAAGUUUACCAUUUCAAAAUGUUUCAACGUGCCGGACUCGCUAGCUAUCAAUGGACCGGAAGACUUGAAGAUAACAAUGAGUAUCGAGUCGGGCAGAAUCAGUGAAAUCUCUUUGUACAUACCACCUGGUCUGUCCAGCAGUGGUUUUAGUGGCGAAGCAAAUGUAAUAACGAGUUUUAAAGGUCACAAAUUCACUGAAGAAAUGUUUAACAACUUAGAGUUAUCACUGGGGGGCUUAGUCAAUGAUAAGGAUAAGUUUGUAACGGAAUGUUUGAGAAAAGUAAUGACCUCUGUAUGAUAUCCAGUUGACAGAGAGACAAACUGAAUGUUGCAAUCUUUCUGUCAUCGUCAUCAUCACAUUUAUCAUCCAAUUACAGUACCUAGUUUUUAAAACUUUGUUUGUGUUAUUAAUCUUAGACUGGUGCCGACAUCCAAUUAUUUUCUUAGAUGUAACUUUUUAGUUUUAAGUUUUAAUACCAUUAAUGUGGUCACAAGAAUUAAUCAUAUCAUUUAUGUUAACUCAAACUGUUAAUUUAGUUUCUUUUAUUUUAGGUUUUAGUGAUACUGUUUUGGAGAUGUUGUGCCUUAUUAGAUUAAUGUAGAUAUUAGCUGUAGAAUAAAGUGUAAAUAUUGUUAAAUAA